AUGUUGGGUGGACGAGCUGAGCGAAACGAAUAUUUACUGCUGCAUGCUUUCCACAGAGCUGGUUAUGUGGCUCCUAACAAGUACCAAACCGAUUUUAAAAGAAAUAAAAAAGUGUUUGAUACGGAAAAUGAUGCUGCUACUGCUGAAAAAGAUGGUAACAGCAGGCCAUUGCGCACCCGAAAAGCGCAGUAUGUCGGUGGUUUGGUGCUUGAACCAAAGAUCGGUAUCCAUUUUAGAUAA